CUCCUCUCUUACUCCUCCUAUUGCAGCAACGACGAGAAGAAGAAGAAGGAUCGAUCAAUCAUUGCCACCCCACCCCUCUCUGUUUUGUCCUAAUCCCCUUUCCUCCUCCUUGAGAUUCGAUUCGUCUCUGCUCAUCACGCAAUAAUUAACUACUCCACUUUCCUUCCUCCAGUAAUUAUUAUUAUUAUAAUCCUUCCUGCAACUUCAAUCCCCACUUUUCCCCUCUGUUUGCUUGCUUUCUUUCUUUCUUUCUUCUGAGAUUGAGCAUGAGAGAGAUAGAGAGAAAAAUGAAUGGAACUAGAGGAGAUUCAUGGACUGUAGUACUAGUACUUGAGUAGACGAUGAUGAUUGAUUGAUCUCGAAGAAGAUACUACUCCAUCAAGGAUAGGAGAUGGAAAUGGAGAUGGAGACGAUGAUGAUUGAUUGAUGCAGCAGGGCCCAAGGACAGAGAGAAGAAGAAAGAAAGAAAGGCCGCUCCUUUUUAUGUCAAACAGCAUCAUCAAGUGAAAGAAAAGGAGGAGAAGGCUGGCUGGGUGACUGUGGAGCAGAACCUGGACUGGAAAAAGAUGGGAUCAGAUCGCCCAGCCAGCUUUUCGUUGAUUCUAAAUGCCAAUCAAAAUGCCAAAAAGAAAGAUCCUCGAUUUUCUUUGCUCUAUCCACUGCACACCCGGUGCGGCGUCUGCUCCCACGGCGUCAAGACCGGCGCCGCCGCGGUCUUCACGGCGGAGUGCUCCCACUCCUUUCACUUCCCCUGCAUCGCCGCCCGCGCUGCCACCGCCACCGCGCUCGCCUGCCCCGUCUGCGCCGCCCCAUGGCGCCAGGCCCCCUUCAUCAACACCUACAAGCGCACCGCCACCACCUUCAAACUCGAUGACAAUGCCUCCCCGCGCCACCACAAGCGCAAGGCCUAUGACGACGACGAGCCCCUCCAGCCGCCCAAGGCCGCCGCCGCCGCCUUCAACCCUAUCCCUGAGGACGACGUCGCCGAGGCAGAAUUCAGGGGCUUCUUCCCGCCGCGCCCCAGGACCGGCCUGGCCGUCACCCUCGCGCCGGAGGCCGCCCUCGUGUCCUCUGGCCGGAGGCACGGCAAGUACGUGGUAGCCGUCAGGGUCAAGGCGCCGGGCCUACGCUCCUCGCCGUCCACGCGCGCGCCCAUCGACCUGGUCACGGUGCUCGACGUGAGCCAGGGCAUGAUGGGUGACAAGCUGCAGAUGCUCAAGAGAGGGAUGCGCCUCGUCAUCGCCUCGCUCGGCCCGGCCGACCGCCUCGCCAUCGUCGCCUUCUCCGGCGCUGCCAAGCGCCUGCUGCCGCUGCGGCGGAUGACGCGCCAGGGCCAGCGUUCGGCGCGCCAGAUCGUCGAUCGCCUCGUCGUCUGCGCCGCCGCCCAGGGCCAGGAACAGGCGCAGUCCGUCUGCGUCGGCGACGCGCUGCGCAAGGCCACCAAGGUCCUGGAGGACCGCCGCGACCGCAACCCCGUCGCCACCGUCAUGCUCCUCUCCGACACGCAGCAGCAGCAGGAUGCUAGGAAGCCUGGUGCGGUCCGGCGCCCGCCGGCCGCCCCUCCAGCAACGCGGUUCACGCACGUUGAGAUCCCCAUCGGGCCGGGGGAGGAACCGGCGCGGUCGGCGCUGGUGGCGGAGGAGGACCAAGUGGGAGACGGCGCGUUCGCGGAGCACGCCUUCGCGAAAUGCCUGGGUGGCCUCGUGAGCGUGGUGAUGCAGGAGGUGCAGCUGGAGCUGGCCUUCUCGAUGGGUGAGAUCACGGCGGUGUACUCGUGUGGCUCCGGCCAGCAGGCGGUGGCCCUUGGCGGCGGCGGCGGCGGUGGCGCGGUGGUGAGUGUGGCGCUGGGCGAGAUGUACGCGGAGGAGGAGCGGGAGCUUCUGGUGGAGCUGCGCGCGCCGAUGAGCCUGAGCCACCCGCACUCGCUGUCCGCGCGGUGCAGCUACCGCGACCCGGCAUCGCAGGAGACGGUGCGCGGCGCGGAGCAGCUGCUGCUGCUGCCGGCCCUCGACGGCGGGAGCUCGUCGCGGCGGCUCCAUGACCUGUUCGUUGCGACGCGAGCGGUGGCCGAGUCGCGGCGGCUGGCAGAGCUGAAUGACUACGCGACGGCCAUCCACCUGCUGUCGUCGGCGCGGGCGCUGGUGCUGCAGUCGCCGCCGGGGCAGCAGCAGCAGGAGCUGGUGGGCAGCCUGGACACGGAGCUGAGCGACAUGCGGUGGCGGCGCGGGCAGCAGCAGCCGCAACCGCGGACGCCGACGUCUGCGGGAAGACGGCGUGGCGAGGCGGAGGAGACGCCGCUGACGCCGACGUCUGCGUGGCGCGCGGCGGAGCAGCUGGCGAAGGUGGCCAUCAUGAGAAAAUCCAUGAACAGGGUCAGCGAUCUGCACGGAUUCGAGAAUGCCAGAUUCUGAGUUCGAUCAUCAAUCAAUCAAUCAAUCUUCUGAGCUUGUAAUCAAUGAGAUUUUUCCAUUUCUUUUUGUUUUGAUUUUCUUCUUCUUUCUUCUUCUUUGAAAUGAAUCAAAGGAAGAGAACAACAGACGACAGUAGUAUGCUGGAGUCCCUGCCGUUGUGCGGCGGACGUAAAUUAAAUUAAUUAUUACUCCCUCCAUUGGCAUUGCCAUUACCAUUUUACCAUUCUCUUCUAAUUGAACUACUACUAGUUUCAGGUGAACAAAUACCAGCACUAGCUUUGGAUCUCAAUUUUCCAUACGCUUUCGCUUCUCGCUUGACAAGAAACUCAAACU